AUGUCAGCCGGGUCAGGCGAUCCCGAACAGGACAACAGUCCGUUCCAGUCCGUAUAUUACUUGGGAACUCCCUCACGCGUGAAAGAGAAAGACCUGGCCGGGUGCGCGGUCGUCUUCCACGACCCUCCCGCAAAGAAAUUCCCCGCCCCAAAGUUACCAGGCAAUACCAACCUCACCGACACGCGCGUGGCUCACGGCACUUGCCCAGCUGUUAUUGAGCAAAAGUGCAUCGACAACCUCACGAAGCGCGCAACCAUGGCCAUCGACAACGCACAGGGACAGGAUAUCUGCGCAGACCUCCGGAGCCAAUUAAAACGCGACACUAUUGAUGGAUGCGCGGAUUUAGCGGGCACAGGUCACGGUCUGGGAAAUUUCACGGUCACCUCGCUGGGUGACCUCUCCCCCGUCAGGAAUUCGUCAGAUUGCUGGCCAAUCCAGCCCAAGUCGGAUAACCUGGCCGAGAUCACGCAGAAUACGGUACUGCGGAAUGCUUCUGCCGAGGCUGUAUACGAUGAGGCGUAUAAAAUCACCGCCGUGCUGACCGUUUUCGCCGGUAAGGGAAAUAGCAGCCUGGUGAAGCAGACGUCGUCCCAGAUGACGUGUCUAAAGUUAGUGACGAACGAGAAUCCAGGUGGUGAUAAGGGCGCCGACAAGAAUUCGGCUACACCAAUCUACAAUGGUCUGCUUACUACGGUCGUGGCUACGGUUUUUGCUGCAAUGUUGACAAGCAUGUAG